UUGAUGAAUAAAAUUAGAAACAGUAAGUCAAUCAGCUGCAACUUCCAUUAAACAUUGGAACCCCUCAUUUCUAACAACACCUCAUUACAAAUUGCGUAGCCCAAAUUUCUUGGGCGUAUACCUGAAAUCAUCCAUGGCAGCAAUCUCUAUGCUCUCCCUACUCUACCUUACUUCAAUCCUCGCUUUUCUUCAUUUUCUUGACAUCAAAAUUUCACAAAAAUUACUAAUAAGCCAUGGCAAUCACAAAGUUCGCCUGAAGAAAAACCCAGAUCUUCCUCUCCGGUUUCGUCACGAUGGUACCUUCAAAAUCCUUCAGGUAGCUGAUAUGCAUUAUGGAAUGGGGGUGAUAACUCGGUGCAGAGACGUGAUGAGCAGUGAGUUCGACUUCUGUUCUGAUCUAAACACUACUCAUUUUCUUAAGAGGAUGAUUGAAGAUGAGAAGCCAGAUUUCAUCGCCUUUAAUGGUGAUAAUAUAUUUGGAGCUAGCACAACUGAUGCUGCUGAAUCCAUGAUGAAAGCCUUUGGUCCUGCUAUGGAAUCUGGACUUCCAUGGGCUGCAGUUUUAGGAAAUCACGACCAAGAAUCCACUAUGAACCGUGAAGAAUUGAUGUACUUUAUCUCCCUUAUGGAUUAUUCAGUAGCACAAACCAACCCUGCCAAAGAAAGCAUGAAAGAAAAUAUUGAUGGCUUUGGAAAUUAUGACUUGAAUGUAUAUGGUCCUCCAGGUUCCCAUUUGGCAAACAGCAGCCUUCUCAAUCUUUUUUUUCUUGACAGUGGGGAUAGAGAAAUUGUUCAAGGAGUUCGAACUUAUGGCUGGAUUAAGGAAUCUCAACUUCAUUGGCUUCACAAAGUUUCUGAGGGAUUGCAGUUCCCACAAGGGAAGUUUUGUAGAUUUAGAUUUAGUGGUCAUACACUAACAGGGCAAAAUCAGGAUUCCAGUUACUUGCCAGGAUGUCAGACUCCAGCUUUGGCUUUUUUCCAUAUUCCAAUCCCAGAAAUUCGACAGCUGUACUACCAAAAGAUUACAGGCCAAUUUCAGGAGGCCGUGGCUUGUUCAUUCAUAAAUACAGGGGUGCUAAAAAGUUUUGUAGCCAUGGGAAAUGUGAAGGCUGUUUUCAUAGGCCAUGACCACAAGAAUGACUUCUGUGGGAAUAUUGCUGGUAUUUGGUUUUGUUAUGGUGGAGGCUUUGGAUACCAUGGGUAUGGAAAGGCCGGAUGGCCCAGAAGAGCAAGAGUUAUAUUAGCAGAACUUGGGAAGGGUGAGUUUGCCUGGAUGGGAGUGGAAAGGAUUAAGACAUGGAAACGUCUUGAUGAUGAGAAGCUAAGCAAGAUUGAUGAACAAGUUCUAUGGCAAACAUGACCAGCAAGAUAAGUGAGUCCAGCUAUUUGAAAUUUUGCCUUAACUCUCAAGAUGAUUGUGCAUAUCCUUUUUGGGGUGUUGUUAGUUGUUGUUAAUGUUGUCAUUAUUUUGAGAAGAAAUGGGCUUGUGCUUCUUGCCAGUAAGGUCUCAGUUAUGCCUUUCUGCAAGUAGUAAAGUCCUUUCUGAUUCUUAUAGAAAGUUUACUGUGAGACACCCAGCUCUAAAGUCAUUUAGAGUUAGCAAAAUAAUAGGAAAGUGUAACUGAUUACUUGAAUUUUCAGCCUUGUGCUUGAGAUCUGUAAGAAAGUUUCAUAUAGUUGUUUAGAAAUCUUAACAUGAAAGAGGUAUCUCCUUUUUUUCGAAA